UAAACUAUGUAUUUAUUAAUCAUUUAAACAAUAAAACAAAAGGCACUCUCAAUAAAAGAGUAAGCUAAAAACAUUAGACAUGAAGUAGAUAGAUAGAUAGAAUCUUUAUUAUUAUCAUUGUAUACAAGGACACAACGAAACUUUGUUAGCAGCAAUCCUAAACAGCAGCGUUUACAAAAACAAAAAUAUAUUUGUGGUGAUAUGAAAGAGAAAUAUGCAAAAAGUGUCCAGAGCAAUUGCUGUUCAGUGAAUGAAUGAUAAUAAUAAUAAAUAAAUAGACAGUUGUGGUGACUGAAAGAGUAUAUAGUUAUUAUUUUGCAGUGACUGAUUAAUUAAACAAAUAUAUAAAGAGAGAUAAAGUGCAAAUAAGUGAAGUUAUAGUGCAGUGACAGAGUAUAUACAGUUAUUAUUGUGCAGUGACUGGAUGAGUAAAUAAUUAUUAUAGUUAUAUAUAAGUAUUUAGACAUUAAAGAAGUGUAUAAUCAGAUACCAAUAAGAUAAUAGAUUUACAAAUGAGAGGAAUCUGUGCUCCCUGUUUGUGGUAUCUGCAGGAGAGUAAUUCCAGCUGAAGGUUUCAUCCGUGUUGCUGCACCUGCCCCUCAGCUCAAACAAACCGGCUCAUUUAACUUUCUACUAGAGUUGUGUGCGAGCAGCAGCAGCUACCAGCUGUGUUGGAACCGGGCCGCGGUUCCGCUGCAGAAGUGUCAAAAGGUCUGAUCUGAUCCUACCUGGACUGGACUCCUCCGGUUUCACUGCAGGACACCACUCUGCGUCAGCAACAGCUGUCCUGCAGCCCCUCGCUGGCUGCCACGGGGAGAAUUACGUCCUCAGGCUGAGGCUUGACACAAAACUGGAUUUGUUUUUUUCUACAUUUGCUGGAUUCUGUUGGAAUAUUUUGUUGCUUUGCCGUCCGAGCUCCUUGUAGGGAAACCCCGGUGCGGUGGUAACUCUUCGCAAUGCGAAGAUGGCGUCACUGCUCCCUCCCCCAGGCAUCGCUGUGUUCCGCCGCUUCACCCAGGAAUCCCUGGCGGAGAUCGAGCGGCUCAAGGAGGAAAGAAAAAAGGCCACAGAAGUAGAGGGCCAUGAGGGGGAAGAGUCAUUGGCCCCGCAUCCGGAUCUGGAGGCGGGCAAGAGUUUGCCCUUGAUCUAUGGAGACCCUCCCCCAGAGAUGCUCAACACACCUUUGGAAGACCUGGACUCCUUCUACAAAGCACAAAGCACAUUCAUUGUGAUCAGCAAAGGAAACACAAUCUUCAGGUUCAAUGCUGAGCCCGCUUGCUACAUUCUGAGCCCCUUUAGUUUGGUUAGAAGAGGAGCCAUUAAAAUUCUCAUACAUUCAUUAUUUAGCAUGUUCAUCAUGAUAACGAUUCUAGCGAAUUGUGUAUUCAUGACGAUGAGCAAUCCACCAGCAUGGAGUAAAACUGUUGAGUAUGUUUUCACUGGUAUCUAUACCGUUGAAGCAACAGUCAAAGUGUUGUCAAGAGGAUUUUGUGUUGGAUCUUUUACAUUCCUUCGAGAUCCAUGGAAUUGGCUGGAUUUCAUGGUGAUCAGCAUGGCAUAUGUCACUGAGUUUGUUGACCUUGGAAAUGUGUCAGCCCUCAGGACAUUUCGUGUACUUCGAGCCCUUAAAACAAUUACUGUGAUUCCUGGUUUGAAAACCAUCGUGGGCGCUUUGAUCCAGUCAGUGAAGAAAAUGGUGGAUGUCAUGAUUUUAACUGUCUUUGCCCUCGCCGUGUUUGCUCUUGUUGGCCUUCAACUUUUUAUGGGAAACCUUCGUCAGAAAUGUAUACGAUGGCCCAUAGAUGACUUCUUAAACAUCACUGACACAUUUAAUGACACUGCGUCCUUCAACAACACAAUGGGUUUCAAUGAUACAACGUAUUCCAACAGUACCUUCAAUUUCAUAGAAUACAUUGAAAACUCAGAUAAUCACUAUUACUUGGAAGGCAGCCCCGAUGCUCUACUUUGUGGAAACAGCUCUGACGCUGGAAAGUGCCCAGAAGGAUACACAUGCAUGAAGGCUGGGAGGAACCCCAACUUUGGCUACACCAGUUUUGACUCUUUUGGCUGGGCCUUCCUGGCCCUCUUCAGACUGAUGACCCAAGACUACUGGGAGAACCUGUUCCAGCUGGUCCUGCGGUCAGCUGGCAAGACAUACAUGCUGUUCUUUGUUGUGAUCAUCUUUCUGGGCUCCUUCUACCUCAUCAAUCUCAUCCUGGCUGUGGUAGCCAUGGCUUAUGAUGAACAGAAUGAGGCAACUCAGCGAGAGGCCAUAGAGAAAGAAGAAGAGUUCCAGAGGCUACUGCUGCAACUCAAGAAUCAGGAACAGGCUCAAGUUCUUGGGAGUCGAGCCACACUAAUCAGUAAAAAGUCACUUAGUCAUCACACUGUAUCUGAGUUGGCAGAUGAUGAAACAAGCCUUGAACAUGAAGAAGUCGUCAAGGACUGUAAUGGAAGACUUGUUCCCCGUCUGCUUAUAAGAGCACCAACCAUGGACCAGUCUGCUGCAGAGUAUGAACUAAGAGAGAAGUCAUUGGGCUCUGUGCACAGCAUGCUUUAUCUGGAUCAACCAGGCCUGACACAGAGAACUGCAAGUGCUCUGACUGUGCUUACAGCAGCUGCUAUGGAAGAGUUGGAGGAGGCUCAGAGGCCGUGCCCACCUGCCUGGUACAAGUUUGCCGACAUGUUCCUAAAGUGGGAUUUCUGCCCGCAGUGGGUGAUGUUUAAAAAGUGGGUGCUGUUUGUGGUCAUGGACCCUUUUGUGGAUUUGGGCAUCACCAUCUGCAUCGUGCUCAACACGCUCUUCAUGGCCAUGGAGCACUACCCCAUGACCCCAGAGUUUGACAACAUGCUCUCAGUUGGGAAUUUGGUUUUCACUGGGAUCUUCACAGCAGAAAUGUUCUUCAAGCUUAUUGCCAUGGACCCCUACUACUACUUUCAGGUUGGCUGGAACAUUUUUGACAGCAUUAUUGUCACUCUCAGCCUGGUGGAGUUGGGGCUGGCAAAUGUCCAGGGCCUUUCAGUCCUCAGGUCUUUCCGUCUGCUUAGAGUCUUCAAACUAGCAAAGUCCUGGCCAACGCUCAACAUGUUGAUCAAGAUCAUUGGCAACUCAGUGGGAGCUUUAGGAAACCUGACGUUAGUGCUGGCCAUCAUCGUCUUUAUCUUUGCCGUGGUGGGUAUGCAACUCUUUGGCAAGAGCUAUAAGGACUGCGUGUGCAAGAUAUCCACGGAGUGCGAGCUGCCACGCUGGCACAUGAACGACUUCUUCCACUCGUUCCUCAUCGUCUUCCGCAUCCUGUGUGGGGAGUGGAUUGAGACUAUGUGGGACUGCAUGGAGGUGGCUGGAGCUGGGAUGUGUUUAGUUGUCUUCAUGAUGGUCAUGGUCAUUGGAAAUCUUGUGGUGUUGAACCUCUUCCUGGCCUUGUUGCUCAGCUCGUUCAGUGGAGACAACCUCUCAACAGGGGACGAUGAUGGAGAGAUGAACAAUCUCCAGAUCGCUCUAGGCAGGAUCACACGUGGCAUCGACUGGUUCAAAGCGUUUAUCAUUCGAACAAUUCUGCAGACUCUUGGCAGAGAGCCCAAGGUCACCGAUGAGCCUGGUGAAGGCCUGGCAAAUGACGAGGAGCCUAAAACAGAGCAAAUUGAAAUGAACCACUUGGACACUGGUCAGAAUUUCAAAAUGGCAGAUGGGAUUUGUAAUAGUUUGGUUGAAGGCCGGCCUUCUGGAGUUAUUGUGGACAGAGAGCUGAAUCUCAAUGUUCCAAUCGCCCUGGGAGAGUCAGACUUUGAAAACCUUGGUGACGACGAUGAGGAUGAGGAUGAGGAUGAAGAUGAUGCUGACAAUGCUAAUGACUCAGUGAAGUCAUCUGACAAAUUUAGCCAACACGAUAGAAACAUAGAAGAUAAAAACAGUAUGCUGGGAGAUGUCAAACUCAAGGGUGCUUUAAAUGAUGGGGAUUCUUCAGUGUGUAGCACAGUGGACUAUCAGCCACCUGAGCCUGAACCAGAAGAAGUGGAGGAAGAAGAGCCAGACCCCGUGGAGCCAGAGGCCUGCUUCACUGACGACUGUGUGAGGCGCUGGCCAUGUCUGACUGUAGACAUCACCCAAGGUCGAGGCAAGAAGUGGUGGAACCUUCGUAGGACUUGCUUCACUAUUGUGGAGCAUGACUGGUUUGAAACCUUCAUUAUCUUUAUGAUCCUUCUCAGCAGUGGAGCUCUGGCCUUUGAAGACAUACACAUUGAAAGACGUCGAACCAUUAAAAUUAUUCUGGAGUUUGCUGACAAAGUCUUCACCUACAUCUUCAUCAUUGAGAUGCUCCUUAAAUGGGUGGCAUACGGCUUCAAGACCUAUUUCACCAAUGCUUGGUGUUGGUUGGAUUUCUUCAUUGUAGAUAUUUCCCUGAUUAGUUUAUUUGCCAACUGGAUGGGCUACUCUGACCUAGGACCAAUCAAAUCCCUCAGAACUCUCAGGGCACUAAGACCUCUUCGAGCGCUGUCAAGAUUUGAGGGGAUGAGGGUGGUGGUGAACGCUCUUGUAGGAGCAAUUCCCUCCAUCUUCAACGUAUUGCUGGUUUGUCUUAUAUUCUGGCUCAUCUUCAGCAUCAUGGGAGUUAACCUGUUUGCCGGGAAGUUCUACCGCUGCAUCAACACCACCACGGAGGAGCUUUUCCCCAUGGAUGUGGUCAACAACAUGAGCGACUGCCUUGCUCUCAAGGAAACCACACAGGAGGCGCGCUGGGUCAAUGUCAAAGUAAAUUAUGACAAUGUGGGAAAAGGCUACCUGUCCCUACUUCAAGUGGCAACCUUCAAAGGUUGGAUGGACAUCAUGUAUGCUGCUGUUGACUCAAGAGAGGUAAAGGAGCAACCUUCUUAUGAGAUCAACCUCUACAUGUACAUUUACUUUGUGAUUUUUAUCAUCUUUGGCUCUUUCUUCACACUCAACCUCUUCAUUGGUGUCAUUAUUGACAAUUUCAACCAACAAAAGAAAAAGUUUGGAGAUAAAGACCUCUUUAUGACUGAGGAACAAAAGAAGUACUAUGAUGCCAUGAAGAAACUUGGUUCCAAGAAGCCGCAAAAGCCGAUUCCCCGUCCAACUAACCUAAUCCAGGGAAUGGUGUUUGACUUCAUCAGUCAGCAGUUCUUUGACAUCUUCAUCAUGGUGCUAAUCUGCCUCAACAUGGUGACCAUGAUGGUGGAGACGGAUAACCAAAGUGCAGAGAAGGAAGAUUUCCUCUUUAAAGUAAACGUGUCUUUCAUCGUUGUGUUCACUGGAGAGUGUGUGCUAAAGCUCUUUGCUCUACGACAAUACUUUUUCACCAAUGGAUGGAACGUUUUUGAUUUUGUCGUGGUCAUAUUGUCCAUAGCUGGUACAAUGCUCUCAGACAUAAUCGAGAAGUACUUUGUUUCCCCGACUCUGUUCAGAGUGAUCAGACUGGCGAGGAUAGGAAGGAUUCUCCGUCUUAUUAAAGGAGCUAAGGGUAUUCGGACGCUUCUCUUCGCUCUGAUGAUGUCACUUCCUGCCUUGUUCAAUAUUGGUCUACUUCUCUUCCUCAUUAUGUUCAUUUUCUCCAUCUUUGGCAUGUCAAACUUUGCUUAUGUCAAAAAGGAGUCUGGAAUCGAUGAUAUAUUUAAUUUUGAGACAUUUGGUGGAAGCAUUAUCUGCUUGUUUGAGAUCACAACAUCCGCCGGAUGGGAUGGACUCUUGCUUCCAAUGCUGAACAAGGAGCCUCCAGACUGUGAUCCGGACUUUGAGAACCCUGGCACGGACGUUAGGGGUAACUGUGGCAACCCAGGCAUGAGCAUGAUAUUCUUCUGCGGUUACAUCAUCGUCUCAUUCUUAGUGGUGGUCAACAUGUACAUCGCCAUCAUCUUAGAGAACUUCAAUGUAGCACAAGAAGAGAGUGGAGAUGCUCUCUGUGAGGAUGACUUUGAAAUGUUCAAUGAGACUUGGGAGAAGUUUGACAUAGAUGGAACUAUGUUUAUUGAGUAUAGCCAGCUCUCAGACUUUUGUGAUACCUUGCAGGAGCCGCUAAGAGUAGCCAAACCAAACCUGUUCCGCCUGAUUGAAAUGGAUCUGCCCCUGGUGAUUGGGGACAGGAUCCACUGCCUUGAUGUCUUGUUGGCCGUCACACAGAUGGUCUUGGGAGACACGGUGGAGAUGGCAGCAAUGCGGGAGAGCAUUGAGGCUAAGUUCGUCUUGAACAACCCCACCUCAGACUCCUUUGCACCAAUUACCACAACGGUGCGCCACAAAGAAGAGCAGAAUGCUGCCGUGGUGAUCCAGAGGGUUUACCGUAACCACCUGCUAAAACGCUGCUUACGCCAUGCUGCUUUUAUGAACCGCUGUAAAAGGAAGGGUAGAAGUAAUGAAGGCGAAGAGCCACCGGAAAAAGUGGGGAUGCUAGCACGAAGGAUGGGAGUUCUCUACGGCAGCAAUGUGGACCUUGCAGAGGAGAUGGAUCAGGUUGCUUUAGAAACUCUAGCAAACCAACAGCCUACUGAUCAGGAGACGACACAUUACACAGACGACGGGAGUGCUUCAGAUCCCCUUGAGCCAAAUAUCAUUGUUGUACCUGUCGAAAUUACUAAUGAGGUUCUAUUACAUUCGGCUCCCAACCAACACUUAUUUGCUCUUCAUGCAAACCUGAGAGAGUCAAUUGUAUAAUAAACAGCAAAAUAUCUGCCAAGUAAGUAGUAAUGGCCGUCAAUGCCGAGUACCACUGUACCAAUGUAGCUGAACUUUCCACAUUGACUUAAGAGGUUACCCAGUGCUAAUGGAUGUUUCAAAGGUGUUUUUGUGAGCAACCAUUUCCUGUUUUUCAUUACAUAUUUCAGGGUCUUCUUUGCGUUGACUGUCCAACUGGAGUACAUGGUUUUCUCUGAUAAUAACCAUAGCAACAUCAGCUAAUAUAAUCACUAAAAAUGCUAAAAGGGUAAGGUC